AUGGUCCCCGCCGAGGCAUCGGCAGAUGCCCCCAGGGCAGCUGCCGCCGCGGUGCUGGCGUCCGCCGCUAGGGCGGAUGUCGCCGCCGCGGCCCCGGUGACCCCCGCGGACGUGUGCGCCGCCGAGGUACCGGCGGACGCUCCUGAGGUGGCCGCCGCUGGGGCGGAUGUCACCAUCGAGGCUCCGGUGACCCCUGGGGACGUGGUCGCUGCCGAAGUACCGACGGGCGCCCCCCAAGCGGCGGCCGCCACGGGGCUGGGGGCCGCUACCGGGGCGGAUGUCGCCGUUGGGGAAGAUGCCGCCGCGGCCGCCGAGGAGAUAGCCGCAGCCGCUGCAUACGCCCUUGAUCUCCGAACAACCAGGGGCGCAUCGUCGCUGUCCUCAUCGUCGUCGUCUACGGGGACGACUUCUGGGGACGCUUUUUGGAAGGCGAAGAUGAAGGCAUACAUCAUGGCACAAAGCUACGCCACAUGGGAGAAGAUCGCCAAGCCCUAUGAGCUUCUCUCGGACGAUGCGAUCACACCAACAAACUUGGUCCACGUGGAGAACAACUACAAGUCGAGGAACUACAUCAUCCAAGGUCUACAACGAAGUGACUUCGACCAUGUCACUCACCUUGCAUCCGCUCAUGAGCUAGAGCAAUACCCAGAGGAAGAAUUGGCACUCCUCACCUCUCGUUUUACACGUGCCCUGCAAAAUGUUCGUUCAAAGAAGAGAGGUGGGAACAAUGCUUCAAGCAACAAGAGUGCUACCUCCUGUGACGACUACGACAGUGACAACAACAAUGAGUCUAUGAUUCCUGAUGAUGAUUCCUGCAAAUCUUGUGACUCUAUAUAUUCCGAGCUUACGGCUUUGCGUUCUAUUCAUGAUGAUACACUUGCUAAGCUUAGAGUUGCAUGA